AUGUACAACCCAAGCAAGUAUACUAUCAAAAGAAGACAGAGAACAGCUGUAUCUCAGUUCUUACUGGAUCACUUUUCUGAAGACGCUCCAAUAAGUGGUUUGAAUUAUAUUCCCACUAAAAAACCAUCUGUUUCUGAGGUGGAAUUUAAUAGUCUUCGCCUACAAUAUACAUAUGCGCGUAAGAAGAGAGCAAGAACCAUGGCUGUAGCCCCCAUAGAAAUGCCUUCCAAGAACAUUGCUGCUUCUCAGACUGACUUGGAUGUCGAAAUUGAUUUCAAUACAUAUGAAGCCAGUCAGACCCAGAAAAGAAGUCUAUACAACAAGUGGGUAGAUUUGCUUCUUCAGUUAGCUGAUUCCUUCCUGCGUUAUCUUGGAAGAUGCAAGGAUGGCUGUCUGGAUAAGAAGGUUAUUGCUCCUUUGUCUCAUUUCCUCUAUUCUUGCACAAAGUUCUCUAAGAAAAACAUCUACAUGUUUUUUUUGCAUUUCUCAGGAAUAUUUGAAGUUGUUUUUUGCAGAUGCAAGUCCAUUUCCAAGCAGUUGGUUAAGAUGGGUAUGCUCCCUGCUUCCCUCAACAAUGUUCAAUAUGCAAUUCAUUUCGGACUUCUUGAGUUUAUAAGAGACAUGCAAGAUGUUCUUGCUAUCUCUGGUCAGGGCUUGGCUGAUCUGUACAAUAAGAUCAAUCUGGGUGCUGAGAUAAGAAAAAAAUUAUACAUCAAGACAGAUCUCAAGGGUGUUGAUAGUAAUGUGACUAUCAAAGAUAUCCAAUUUUUUGCCAUGGACAGCAACUUUAGCUUGAAGUGUGAGAGGAUGGAGAAUGCUGACAGUGUUGGUGAAGAAGAGUUGGAGCAAGUAGAGGCUCAACUGAAUCAGGUGUGGAUUGGUGAUGACGUGGUUGGUCAUUUUGAUAGCAGCUUCCAUGCUGGCUCUAGUGAUAUGACAAAGUCCAGGAAGUAUCCUAUUAAAGAUCUUUUUGCAGCAAGCUGUGCAUGCCAUGAGUCAGUCAUUAAGUUGGUAGACAUGGAAACUGGUAGUGAUGGCCAGUCUGCUGAUAACUCUCCCAACAUCAAUGUGAUAUAUGAUGUUGUCUGUAAGCUGGCAAAGUCACUGAAGGCUAACUUUCCCGGACUGAUGGAGAAAUCAAAACUAGCAGUUCUGAUUUUCCAUGUGUAUGCUCAUGUUCAACACUGUCAGGUUAAGCUCAACCCUAAAUAUAGAGAUGGGUUUGACUUGACAAAUGAGAUGGGACAAGCAAAUCAGAGGUUAGUCUUGUACAGAGCCAUCAAGUUCUGCAAUGAGGCAAAGAAGGUUGAGAUGGGCUUGAUGUUGGAGAGUAAGUAUGUCAAAGCAAAGCACAUCAUAGAAGAGUCCAGAAAGGCAUUGGAGAGAUUUGACUAUGUUGUUGUUGAGCGAGAAUGGAAGCAGUAUGUUGACAAGGUAGAGAAGCCAGAGAACUAUAUUGACAUUGCUGAUUUGCUGGAGUCUGGCCACAAGGUUCAGGGCAAUAUUGCUUUGUUUCUUGUAAAAUUCACACUUUUACACCAACUAAGAGAGCUCACUAAUGAUGGCAACGGAAAUCAUGUGAAAGAUGAGAUCAAUAGGCUGAAGCAAGAAAUGACAAAGUUAAAGACAAAGAUCCAGUAG